CGAGUGACUGUUUCUGGGGACAAGCCGUCAUCGUAACCUGCGCGCGUCCGCCGGUGUGUUGCCUCAAUAAGAAGGCCAUGGCCCCUACUGAUCGACACAAGAUUUUUUGGAAUCUCCAUGUCUUUUCUUUCUCUUCUUUCGUCUCUGAGUAGAAUUCCUAGAGUCUCUUCUUGCAAUAUUGCAAAUAGCUUCCAGUCAUCCAGAUCGAUAACGUCAAAGUCACAAAUCAUCUCACGCAACAUGGCGACCGCACAAUCUGGGAAAGGCACCAAGACGGUGUUCACUUUGAACACUGGCGCCAAAAUGCCGGGCGUUGGUCUAGGUACCUGGCAAUCCAAGCCCAACGAAGUCCGCGAGGCCGUCAAGAACGCUCUGCUCGCCGGCUACCGUCACAUUGACACCGCCCUUGCUUAUGGCAACGAAUCUGAAGUCGGCCAAGGCAUUAAGGACUCUGGCGUCCCCCGGAGCGAGAUCUGGGUCACCACGAAACUAGACAACCCAUGGCACAAGCGCGUGUCCGAGGGUAUCGACUCGUCGCUGAAGAGCUUGGACACCGAUUACGUCGACCUAUACCUGAUGCAUUGGCCCAGUUCAUCGGUGCCAGAGGAUUUGAAGAAGCACUACGACGACUGGAACUUUAUCGAUACUUGGCGCGAGAUGCAAAAGCUCGUUGGCACUGGCAAGGUCCGAAAUAUCGGCGUAUCCAACUUUGUCAUGUCCAACCUGGAGAAGCUGCUCAACGACCCUUCCUGCAAGAUUGUCCCAGCUGUCAACCAGAUCGAACUGCACCCCAACAUGCCCUCGCCAAAGACUCUGCAAUACUGCAAAGAGAAGGGAAUUCACUGUACCGCAUACUCUUGCUUGGGAUCGACCGAUUCGCCUCUCUCCAAGGAUAAGACUUUGCAGUCCAUUGCGGAGGCGAAGGGAAAGAGCCCUCAGCAAGUUCUCUUGAUGUGGGGUCUGCAGCGUGGCACCUCUGUCAUUCCCAAGUCAGUCACCAAGUCCCGCAUUGAAGCCAACUUCCAACUUGAUGGUUGGGAGUUGACUGCAGAUGAGAUGCAGAAGAUCAGCAGCAUUCCAGACCGAUUCAAGGUUUGUGGUGAUGCUUGGUUGCCUGUGAAAGUCUUUUUCAACGAGGAGGGCGAUGGAGGUGAUGCGCCAUCUCAUUAGAGGAGUCAAUCACCAAAGUCAACAGGCAUGAAUUGAUGUGUUAGCGGCGGGACUCUGCAAAAUAUCUCAUCGGUACCUUCAGAUGCGAGGAGUCAGUAUCCUUAUAUCACAAAUAGACACAGCAUAGAUUGGCAACCCCGUGUCGCGAUUCGGCGAUGGAUUGCAUAGGGCUGUAAAACAAGUGUCGGUCGGCAGAGGAGUCUUCAGGGGAGAUCGUUGUUAGUCGAUAAAUUCUUGAACUCAGAAACCUCGCGCAACUGUCACGGUGACAUCUCAUGGGGUCAAUUCCAUCUUUUGUAUAGAGUUUGGCUUCAGCAUUUGAGCACACCGAGCUUGGUAGGAUGUAGAUCUAGUAGGCGGCUGAAGCAAGCACAGGAAGAAUGUCAGGAACCAUUUGCC